AUGGGGCCUGCUGCUGCCACAGGUGUGUCUCGGCCUGUUCGGGCUGCAGAAUUGCCGCGUGGGGCUGCGCGGCUGAGCCGGAUGCUGCCCGCACAAUUUGAAAAGAAGGGUUAUAGAGAGAUUCAAGAAAACCUCUUCAGCCAGCAGAUAAACACUUGCAACUUGAAAUUUGAAAUUAAAAAGUUAUCUCAGGGAUCUCCAGAACCAAUUGAGCCCAGCUUUUUCACAGCAGAUUACCAUUUAUUGCAUCAUUCAUCAAGGGAAUACAGCCUGUCCCCAAAUAACUCAACAGAUAUACCCACCUGCUUUGAUCUGGAGGAGGCCAUCACGUAUGAACAGAUGCAGACUGUGAUUGAAGAAGUCCUAGAGGAAAGUGGGUAUUACAAUUUUACUUCUAACAGGGAUCACUCCUAUCACUGGGGCACCAAGAAUCACCCAAACAACAGAUGAAAAUGCUGC